AUGAUUUUGCUCAGUGCACUCUUUAUAACAGCUGUAUCUUCUCAUGACAAGUCCAGUGCUCAAAAACUGGCAGAUCCAAAUUAUGGCCCAAUACCUGGGCAAAGCUCGCUAUACAGCUCGUAUAGGGGCAAGGCUCCUCCGUUCCCGGGCAAUAUCACGGAUCCCAUCGCACCCACUGCCAAAGGUUCUCCUGGAACCGACGAUCUCGUUUGGCAAAACUUACUCUCUGCUGAAUGGGUUAUCUUCUCGUUCUACCAGCAGGCGGUAGAGAUGUUUAACGAGACGGCCUUUGUCGAGGCAGGCUAUCCCAACACGACGUAUGAUCGCAUCCAAGAGAUUCGCGACAAUGAAGCUGGCCAUCUGCGCAUAUUCCAAAAUGAAAUUACGCCUACUUCUGUCAAGCCUGGAGCUUGCAAGUAUGCGUUUCCGUUCGACAAUCCGACGUCCUUUCUAGCGCUCGCAACGCUGAUUGAGAUUUCGAGCAUGACAUUCCUAACGGGACUUGUGCAAAUGGCCAAGCUGCCUGCAUCCCAGGGUGCCAUGACGGCCAUUGCUGCUACGGAAACGCGGCACGAGACAUGGGCUCUUCUCGACAUCUGGAAAACAAACCCUUUUGGAGGCCCUUCAGACACCGUUUUUCCUUACGCCAACCAGAUUCUCGACGUGACCAAUGCGUUUAUUGUUCCCAAGAGCUGCCCGUCAGAGAACCCGGUUUAUCCGUCACCGAGACAGAACUUGCCUCCUUUUGCCCCAGCUAGUUCGACAAAGUCGAUAAGUCCGGGUAGCAAUAUCGUGCUGAACUUUACCGACCCGACCAACCAACCUAGCUUCCAUAAGGGUGUGCAAUACUAUGCAACCUUUUUCCACGGCCCCUCCAACAUUAGUGUGCCAGUUGACACAACACAUUGGCCUCGCGAAGAUAUUAAAGUUGAGAUUCCAUCUCAGUUUGAAGCACGAGGCAUCAUUCUUGCGGUAAUCGCCGAUAUAGUUGGUGCUCCAACUUUGGCGAGCGUUAAAGCUGGACCGGUCAUACUUUUAGAACAACCAGCUGAGCUUGGGUUGUUGGUGACAUAG